CAAAAACAUCUAUUCUCAAGAUUGAUACCAGUUAUAUUUUUCUUUUUUAACUCACCGGUCUUCUGAAAAGCUUUAAGUAUCAUAUCAUCAAUAGCCGAUGUCACUUGUACCCUUAUGGGGCCUGGUUUUCGCUGAUUGGGCUGGAUACCGACGAAGCUAACCUAAAUUAGUAGCCGCUGUUCGCGUGAUGAGCCUGCGCUCCUUUUUCAAAGUGACCUCUCGGGAAGGAUGAUGAUCGAACCCGAGAAAACGUCGGAAAUCGAGCUGACGACGAAACUGCUGAGCUGUGGAAGUUUUCCAUGGCGACUUACUUAAAAUUCACCGCCAGUGAAGUUCUCUCCUUUACUUCACCUUUAGUUGCCUUCCUUUUUUCUGGGUAUAAAAUUAUUUAUCACUCGGCGAAGAACAAAGAAAUCAAAGGCAAUAGAAAAAUGAGCUCGCCAUUUUCUGCUGCCUUUUGGUGAGAUACUCUCAGCAGUUAUCAAAAUCUAGAUGAUGCUCCGCUUAGAAGAGUGUGGCGUCUUGGUAGUAUCGACAAAGAAACAGACGAGUAUGUCUUAUUAGAGAGAGACAGUGAGAGCUUUCGCAAUUUCGCGUCUCCUAAAGAAAUUGUCGGCCAUAACUGGAGAAAUCGCCUGGCGGAGAGGCUCCCUCUGUGGAAUCUUCGAAAGCCCCCAUCUUCUCGUGGUCUUCUUUGUUUCUAGUCUGGUCUGGAUCUUAUCCUCACCACAGCCUCUGGUGUCCUGUUCGCGAUCGCCUCGCUAUUUGCGAAGCUUUCCAACACGUCGAUUCCAGCGUUUGAAAUCGUUUUCUUUCGCCUGAUAAUCCAAACCAUUUUCGUUGUUCCUGGCGCCAUCUGAGCACGCGCAGACUUGUUGGGCGAGAGAAAACACAGACCAUACCUCGUAUGCUUUGGUGCAGUGAAUUUUGCCUCUAUCUCCUGUAUUUACGGAUCGUUCAUAAAGUUACCACGAGGAGACGCAACCGUUUGUAUAUCGACGACUCCAAUUUUCACCGCCCUGGUUGCCUACGUUUUCCUAAAAGAAUCUUGGCAUAUUAUGGACGCAACAGCGACCUUUAUAUGUCUUGGUGGAGUGGUUCUGAUAACGAAACCAACAUUUCUCUUCGGCUCUGCAGCAAAUCUAUCAAGCCACGUGACCGAGUCGUCUCGUCUGAUUGGUUAUGCUGGGGCACUGUCCGGAGCUGUCGUCCAAUCAUUUACGUUCGUUAUGGUCCGCAAGGUUGGUGGUUCUGUGAGCUUCUACACCAAUGUCUUCUACUUUGGAUGGUGCAGUGCGCUCCUAUCUGGUUUGACCAUGUUUGUAUUUCAAAAACCCGUUGUACCGAACUGCGGAACGACAAGGUGGUUCCUUAUUGGAGUAGCUCUCUGUGGAGUAUUUAGAAGUUUCUGUUUGAACCGAGGUCUUCAAUUGGAGAAGGCAGCCCCGGCAGCGCUGAUGAGAAAUGUGGACAUCCUGUUGGCGUUUUUGUUUGACUACGCUAUCUUUGGACAUAAGCCAUCUCUCCUUACUCUAAUGGGGGGACUGCUUGUAGUGUUGUCAACCGGCGGAGUAGCCCUGGGCAAGUGGUGGAGGUCACGUGAUGAUAUCUAAUUAUGAUAAUGUAAUUCUGAGUGUGGCUAUGAAUUGUAUCAGUCAUCCAAUUGAGAAUAUGAUAAAAAGAAAAUAAU